CGGGGGCGGGGCGGCGGGCCGCAAUCUCUGCGCCUGCGCAGGGCUCAGCCGUGCGCGCGCUCCCGUCGGUUGGCUGCCUGCUCAGCGGCCGUCGCCUCCGCCGCCGCCGCCCCCGCGCCCGCCCGCGCCUCCUUCGCCGCCCCCGCCCCCCCCCGUGCCCGCGCCCCCGCCUCGCCGCCUCCGGGCCUCGGCCCGGCCUCCCGGUCCGGCCCCGCAGCAUGCAGCCGCAGCACCUGCGGCGGCGGUCACGGCGGCGGCUCUGAGAUGGUGGACGCGGGCGGCUGCGCGGCCGGGGAGGGCUGGCGGAGGAUGGAGGCCGCGCCCGACGGCGCCCUGGAUGUGGUGCCGCUGGACCGCUACGACCCCGCGCGGGCCAAGAUCGCCGCCAACCUGCAGUGGAUCUGCGCGAAGGCCUACGGCAUAGAUGACAUCCCUGAAGAGCUCAGAGACCCUUUUUACAUCGACCAGUAUGAGCAGGAGCACAUCAAACCGCCUGUCAUCAGGCUUCUGCUGUCCAGCGAGCUAUACUGCCGUGUCUGCAGCCUCAUCCUGAAAGGGGACCAGGUGGCCACCUUACAGGGACACCAGUCUGUCAUCCAGGCCCUGUCCCGGAAAGGCAUUUAUGUGAUGGAGAGUGAUGACACCCCUGUGACGGACCCUGACCUCGGCCACACGCCCAUAAAGAUGAGUGCCCACAUGGCGAUGGUGGACGCCCUCAUGAUGGCCUACACUGUGGAGAUGAUCAGCAUUGAGAAGGUGGUGGCCAGUGUCAAGCGCUUCUCAACGUUCAGUGCCUCCAAAGAGCUUCCGUACGAUCUUGAGGAUGCCAUGGUGUUCUGGGUCAACAAGGUAAAUCUUAAAAUGAGAGAGAUAACAGAGAAAGAAGUUAAGUUAAAACAACAACUUUUGGAAAGUCCAGCUCAUCAAAAGUCUCCCUCCAAGUGGUACUGGAAGUUAGUGCCUGUGCGCUAUCGCCGAGAGCACCCAUCCGCAAGGCAGCCGCCCCACUUCCCGCUGCUGGAGGACCUGAUGCGAGACAGCAGGGAUGGGGCUGCUCUCCUGGCUGUGGUCCACUACUACUGCCCGGAGCAGAUGAAGCUGGAUGAUAUAUGCUUGAAGGAGGUGAUGUCGAUGGCUGACAGUCUGUACAAUAUUCGGCUUCUGAGAGAGUUCUCCACUGAGUACCUCAACAGGUGCUUUUAUCUCACCUUGGAAGAUGUGCUCUGCGCCCCAGCAGUGCUGAAGCCAAACAUGAUGGCCUUCAUUGCCGAACUCUUCUGGUGGUUCGAGAAUAUCAAACCAGAUUUUGUUCAACCCAGGGACGUUCAGGAGCUGAAAGAUGCUAAAACAGUGUCACACCCAAAGAGCAGCCGGCCUCCUGUUCCUAUCUCCAAUGCCACCAAGCGCAGCUUUCUGGGCAGUCCUGCGGCAGCAAGCCAAGCUGACAUGCCACCGCCUGAGGGCCCCAGGCACCGCCUGCACCCUGAGGAGGCUGAGCACCCGGGGAAAGGGGCUUCUGCCUUUAGCCCACCACAUCCCUUAUUGCCACUAAGGCAGAGACAGCACAAGGUGACACAGGGAGAUGACCCCCCCGAUGAGCGGCGGCGAUCUAGCUCUCUGACCCGGGUCGGCGGUCGGCCUCGAGGGGCAGCAGUCACGUGGCCAGAAAAAAAGAACAGGCCAGUGUCGCAGCCGGCCCCCUUUGCCCUCCAUCACGCUGCAAGCUGUGACAUGGACCCCGGCUCUGGUGACAGCAUCAGCUUGGCUCGCUCCAUCAGCAAGGAUAGUCUGGCAUCCAAUGUCAUUAGCCUGACCCCACAGAACCAGCCGCACCCCACAGCCUUGAAGACCAAUGGGAAAUCCCUCCUGAACAACGUUGAUAUGGAAGACGAGGAUGAAGAGCUUGUGGCCAUCAUUAGGACGGAUGUGGACCCCCACGGCAGUGACCCGGGCCUGUCAGUGAUCACCAGGUCUCCCCAGAGAGUGGCGGACACCCUUGAAAGUAAGCCUGACAGUUUCUUCCUGGAGCCGCUGAUGCCAGCCGUGCUUAAGCCAGCCAAGGAGAAGCGGGCAGUCACCAAGGAGGACGAGUGCGGGGAGGGGCGGCCGAGGGGCUUCACGUCCCGGAGGCCCAGCGAGGGCCGUCCCCCUCCAGUGCGGACAAGGGCGCCCAGCAGCCACGUCAGUCGCGACUUGAACAGGACUUUCACCCCCAUCUCUUCUGUAGAACUUUCUGCGGGCUCAGAGCCUGCACCCACUGAGGCAGGGCUGCAGGCGGCAGGGGAAACCCGAGGUGGGCCUCUGGACAGCGGUGGUUUUGAAGCGGUAUCUCAGGGACAGUCUGCUGAUGGCUUCUUUCUUCACGUAGUCAGAGCCGACGAAGACCCAGAAGGCAGGUUCUGUGUUAGCUGCGCCCAUGACCCUGAGCCGUGGAUGGGCCUGAGGCAGGACUCUGACUCCGACAUCGCAGAUCUAGAGGAUGCCGAGCAGGAGCUAACUGGCGAGGACUAUCCUGUGGUGAUCGCCAGGUACGCUGGUGAGGAGGAGUCGGCAAAGCUGCAGGAGGACAUGAAGGUAAAAGAACACGAGGACAAGGAUGAUGCCAGUGGCCGCUCGAGCCCCUGUCUGAGCACCGUCUCUCAGAUCAGCAGUGUGUCCAUGGCGAGCGGCAGUGUGAAGAUGACCAGCUUUGCGGAGCGGAAGCUGCAGAGGCUCAACAGCUGUGAGACCAAGUCCAGUACAAGCAGCUCCCAGAAGACCACACCCGAUGCCUCAGAGAGCUGCCCAGCCCCCCUGACGACAUGGAAGCAGAGGAGGGAGCAGAGCCCCAGCAGGCCGAGCAGGGACCAUGCCAGCCUGUUGGCCUCCGAGCUGCUGCAGCUCCACAUGCAGCUGGAGGAGAAGCGCAGGGCUAUUGAGGCGCAGAAGAAGAAGAUGGAGGCCCUGUCUGCCCGGCAGCGGCUGAAGCUGGGGAAGGCUGCCUUCCUGCAUGUGGUCAAGAAGGGGAAGGCUGAUGGCCCCCAGCCACUGAAAGCAGAACACUUUGGUGGAGAGUAUUGUCAGCACAAUGGCCAGGACUUCGAUAGAGGUGUUUCCAAAGCAGAAGGAUUUCUUGCUAAAGAAGAGGGGAGAGAAGACCUGGAGUCUCCAGAUGUGGACCGAGAAAGCCUGGCUUUUGUUCAGCUGCAUAAGCCGAGGGACCCUGCUGCCCUCCAUGAACUGGAGAAGAGCAAGGCCCUUUCUGCUGCUUUCCUGGAGGAUGGCGCCAGUGAGGUGGUGGACGUGAGCGAGUGUGACCUCUCCAUUGAGAAGCUUAACGAGACCAUCAGCACACUGCAGCAGGCCAUCCUCAAGAUUUCUCAGCAGCAAGAGCAGCUGCUUAUGAAAUCACCUACCAUACCAACGCCAGGUUCUAAAAAUAACUCCCAGGACCAGAAGGUCAAGGCGUCCAUCCACUUUGUGGAGCCACUCUCUCCCCCUGGAAUGCCUGGUCACCGAAGACCACCUCGUCUUGGUCAGGGUCGGACUUGCCGUUCAGGAAGACCAGCUGAGCUGAAGGUUCCAAGAGACAGGCAGCAGGGUUCCUCCCGGAGCAAGACUCCAACACCCAAUGCAGAGACCCUCCCGCACUUGCGGCCUUUCCCCCCUCAGACCCAGCCCUCCGACCCAGGCUGGAACGGUGCUGGUGGCCCUGGAAGUGACCCUUAUGAGAAGGGCUGCCUCCACAGUUACAAGCUCCAUGACGAGAGCGGCCAGCGGACACUUGCCCUAUCUUCUCCCAAAGAUGCAAACAUCCUCUCAGAACAGAUGAGCUCCAAGGAGGGGCUAGAUAACAGUGUGACAGAGGCAGGGCACAGCUCCCCCGAGGCCUCAGGGAAGGAGGACGGCCCCGUGGAUGAGACCCCGAGAAGCAAGGCCAGCCUCAUCGAGGUGGACCUCUCAGACCUGCGGGCCCCGGACGAGGACGGGGAGGCGGGAGGCCCUGGGAGCGCGGCAGAGCUUGCCGUUGAAGGUGACCAGAAACCAGGCGUCGGGUUCUUCUUCAAGGAUGAACAGAAGGCAGAAGACGAGCUCGCCAAGAAGCGGGCAGCCUUCCUCCUGAAGCAGCAGCGCAAGGCCGAGGAGGCGCGAGUGCGGAAGCAGCAGCUGGAGGCCGAAGUUGAGCUCAAGAGGGAUGAGGCUCGGCGUAAAGCCGAAGAGGAUCGCGUCCGGAAGGAGGAGGAGAAGGCGAGGCGGGAGCUCAUCAAGCAGGAGUAUCUGCGGAGGAAGCAGCGGCAGCUUCUAGAGGAGCAGGGCCUGGGCAGACCCAGGGCAAAGCCGAGAAGGCCGCGGCCCAAGUCGGCUCACCGGGAGGAGUGCAGCGACGUGGGGACCAAGAGCUCCUCCACCCCAGCGGAUCACUUGAGCCGGGCCCAGUCGGGCUCCAGCCUGUCGCUGGCUUCUGCAACAACAACAGAGCCCGAGAGCGUUCCCUCGGGGGGCACGCCUUCCCGGCGAGUUGAGUCACUGGAAGCCUUGCCCAUAUUAAGCCGCAACCCCAGCAGGAGCACGGACAGGGACUGGGAGACAGCGUCUGCAGCGUCCUCUCUCGCCUCGGUGGCCGAGUACACAGGUCCCAAGCUCUUCAAGGAGCCCAGCAGCAAGUCCAACAAGCCCAUCAUCCACAAUGCGAUAUCCCACUGCUGUCUGGCGGGGAAAGUGAAUGAACCCCACAAGAACUCGAUAUUAGAGGAACUGGAGAAGUGUGAUGCCAAUCACUACAUCAUCCUGUUCCGUGAUGCGGGCUGCCAGUUCCGGGCGCUUUAUUGCUACUAUCCUGAUACUGAAGACAUCAGCAAAUUAACUGGCACGGGGCCAAAGAGUGUCACCAAGAAGAUGAUCGACAGGCUGUAUAAAUACAGCUCAGACCGGAAACAGUUCAACCUGAUCCCAGCCAAAACCAUGUCUGUCAGUGUGGACGCCCUCACAAUUCAUAACCACCUGUGGCAGCCCAAGCGGCCCGCGGUGCCAAAGAAGACCCAGACUCGCAAAUGACACUCGUGCUGGUGGGACCUGGAGGGUAUGCAGCAGGAUUGGUAUUUAUUAUUUUCACCCAUUUGGGUACGAAGCGUGCAAAACCACAGACCUUUUUAAAGAGGCUUCUAGACAACAAAAGGAAAUCCUCCCUUGCUCCCGGCACAUGCAGGAUGCCAGGUGGAGCACAAAUGCGGCCAUGCUGUGUUCGUGGCUCGUGGCUGCCAUGGCCACUGCUGACUGCGGAGCUCCCAGAUGCCGGGUGUGUGCACAGAGAGGCCUCUGGGCAGGGGUUCCUUUACUUGAAGUUCUCCGUGAGUGUGAAUGAAGAGGGAGUUUGCUUUCUCACCCUAGCCCCACCCCCUUUGCACGGGACCUCACACCCCUCCCGUGGGCCAGCCUGACCCUGAGGGAUUAGAGGACUGUGUCUCCACUUGGGUCAGGGUAUUUGAAUGUCUUUAGGAAAGGAAUUUGUAUUGGGGAGGUCUUUUUCAUUCGAGAAAUUGUACGAUAUUUAUUGAUCGUGUCUACUGCCAAUGUUUGUAUCCAGUUCAAAGGUUUCUGAAAAAAUUCUUGUUCCUUGCUGCUCAGAAGAAGUUUACUGAAACGACCCGUUGGCUGGAAGCACUGAAAUCUGUAGUCUGUCUUGUGCUAAGGCCACGCUUACUGUGCGUGGGGGUGACUGGGGCAGCGGCCCUGAGGGCAGCAACUGGCAGCAUGAAGCUGGCACUCGCCUGACUGGAAGUAGGCAAGUGGAGUGGGCGGCAGCCGCCGCCAGUAGGUUUUGGGUAGUGCUCUCGCGAUUCGUUCACUUGAAUAAAGACAGAUUUUGGUAAAGUGGAGUAUUUUCACUCUGAGCAUGUUUCUCUUGACAAGGCGGCAACUGAAGCCCGCAGCUCCCAAGUGUCUUUAUUGUGCCACGGCGCGUCCUGUCGCGCCUCUGGCUUUGGAAGGGCGGCAGCCCGCGGUGGGGGGCUGUCCUUCAGGUCCAUGGCUUUGUCUUGUUGCCUUGUUUAAAACAACUCGGGUCGUUGCCUGUGGUGACUUCAGCCCUGAGGGAGUGGAGCACUUCGGGUUCUCUCUGUGGCAGUCCGGACCAGACCCACCUGGAAUCAGGCCAGGUGCCUGCCGCUUGCUCUCAUGGCUGGCUCCUGUGUGACGUGAACCAAAUGCCGGAAGAUUCCAGAACCACUUGUUAGUUUUGCACAUAUUUUCUUCGGAGUGUUACUUGACUCUAUUUUGAACUGCUGAAGAAACUAACGGUCAGUAGGCAUAGUUGGGUGUAGCUGUACUGCAACUUUAGAUGAAAAGGGGCAUGCAUCAUGUGCCUGAGGAGGGCGGCUACGUGGCGGGAAUGCUGACAGGACCGGUAGGCCCUGUUCCACGUGGCAGUUCUGUGUCUGGUGGUAGAAGCGGCUCUGCCCUGUGCACGCAUGCCACCAGCUGCUGACCCUGGAGUUGCCAAGGUCGUCCCAGUCACCAUGCUUUUCACACGUGUAUUUGCCUGUCCCAGUGUGUUUGAUGUUCUGUUUUCAGAGGCACUAAAAUAAUUACCUAACUUGCUUUUUCUCAGUCACACAUGUGUCAUGGCUCAUUUUGUUGGUCACUGUCCCAGUUCCUUGCUUUAGAGGAGUCCACAUGGGUUUUAGUUAACAAGAAGGUCCAAUCAUUCUUUUCUAUGAAGAGGUGAGGUUUCUAACCUUUGUGAAAUCAAAAUGUGUGACAGCUUCUUGUCUUAGGACACAGUUCUGUUGAAGUAAGUGGAAUUGGGUUGUUUUGAAUGAAGAUUUAGGGGUACUUCUGAAACAUUGCUGGAAAAUUACCUUCCUGCCAAACUUCUGGGUAAAUUCUGGAUUUUCUUGAUGUGAUGGGUCAGUCCAGGCUGGAAAUGGUCGUCAGCAGGCCAUGUUUUCCCAUACCUGUUCAGUCAGAGCCGGCAUGUCUGGUGGGUAGCCUCCCGGCCAGGGCCUGCUCAUAAGGCUGAUGGAGGCAUACCUUGGGUUCCUUGCAUGUGGUUGGCACAGCGACCUGUGUAUCUAUGCUGAAAAGUUGCAGACAUGCAGGAUACAUGUCUGUGGUGGUUGGGGGGAUGGUCCCGUCUGGCAUGGUGGGCUUAACAGUUCUCAUUUCCUAGCUUCCAAGCACCUGUGAGGUCUGUGUUGCAGAGUUCUUAUCAUGGAAAGCCCGCACAUCGUACGUUUCCUCUCAAUUCUGGCUUACUGUUUAAACUGCUCUCAUCUGCCCACAUAGAACCUAACUUUGUAAAGGAAGUGUCACCAAGUGAUUGUAUGAUGAAGCUUGUGCGUAGAUCUGUGAUGACAGUUCUGGGGGCCAGAGAGGGCUGGUGUCUAAAUAAAGGAAACCUGAGUGUGUCUAUUAUUUUAGAAAAAUACACGUGCAGACGUGUCUUCUGCCCAUGCGUGUGUGUGUGUGUGUGUGUGGAUGAGGGUGUGCACGCAUGCCGCAGGUAAGCUGUCCUCACUCACGGCCUUCCACCCGACUUCCUCAGUGCGUUCCUGGCAGAGCAGUCUCCGUCAGAUCUUUUAGGCCCGGACUAAGCUCUUUAAUCAGGCAAAAUUGGAAAGUAGAAUAAUUCAAAAGUUACUCCUUGUUUAUACUUUCAUUCCUUGAAACUGUAGUUAGUGUUUGGGGGGAAGGUAUUUACCUGAAAUAAAAGCUUUUGUUAAAAUUCAUCAGAUGGCCU